AUGAAAUUCGAUUGCAAGGUCCCCGUAACCGCCAGCAAAGAAGCUGUUUGGUCAGUGAUUUCGGACAUUGAUCAUGCCGUCGACACAAUCCAAGCCAUCACCAAAGUGGAGGUUCUAGAACGGCCAACCUCCAAAGACAGUUUGGUGGGUCUCAAAUGGAAAGAAACUCGCGUCAUGUUUGGCAGUGAGGCCACCGAGACCAUGUGGGUGACGGAAUCGGUCGCAAACGAAUACUACCAAACACGAGCCGAAUCUUGUGGUGCCAUCUAUACGUCCCGCAUGUACAUUGAACCAGCAGCAGAAGGAGAAGACCAUGAGUGUUUUGUGGGCAUGUCAUUCGAAGGAGAAUGUCAAUCCUUUUGUUCCAAAGUCAUGAUGAUCGCCAUGGGAUGGAUGAUGGUAGGAGCAACAAAAAAGGCAGUCAUGCAAGACUUGCAAGAUAUCAAGGCAGCCGCCGAAAAAGGAAAUGGCAAAAGCACGGAAGGCCACAACAACAGCAAACCAGAUGCUACCGAAACAAGUGAGCAAGACAAGCAAGACUAA